AUGCCUACGAUGCCCAUAAUUCCCACAACGCCCACCAUGCCCACCAUGCCCAAAAUGCCCACAAUGCCCACAAUGCCCACAAUGCCCACAAUGCCCACAAUGCCCACAAUGCCCACAAUGCCCACAAUGCCCACAAUGCCCACAAUGCCCACAAUGCCCACAAUGCCCACAAUGCCCACAAUGCCCACAAUGCCUACAAUGCUCACGAAGCCUGCGACGCCCACCAAGCCUGCGACGCCCGCGAAGCCGACGACGCCCGCGAAGCCGACGAAACCCGCAAAGCUCACGAAGCCCGCGAAACCCACGAAACCCACAAAGCCGCACAUCACGGUCCCAUUCCUACCCACGGUUCCGCACAAUCCGUUCACGCACGGCGUCACGCUCGCGAACUACAUCAAGCCCAAAUCGAGGCUUCGCGGUUCUCGCACUGCGGCCCCGGCUGCGGCACGAACUCCAGCGCAGGAUUGGGGCAAGCCGGAGCCUGAAGGCGAGUCCGUGCUGUCGGGGGUGGGGGAGGGGGAAGAUACUAAUAACUUGGCUGAUGCUGGUGAUGCUGGUGAUGCUGGUGAUGCUGGUGAUGCUGGUGAUGCUGGUGAUGCCGGAGCUGGUUCCUCGGAACGCACUCAGUCUCCCGGGGUGGGGUGAUAUAGCUGAGGGAGUGUUGGUGCAUUGCAUUGUGC